UCUCGCCAUUCUGUUACAGUUUCAGUUCAGUUUCCGUGGAGCGUCGAGGCGGUCGCGUCGUUGUUGCAGGAGGAGCGCCAGAAAAACGUUCUUUGCCCCACCAUAUUAUCACAGUCGUCCGUGAGCGAUUGAUCAGCCAGCGGGGGCUUACCUGUCCGCACGAUAACGUUAAUUUGAAUUUGUGCGGGAAGACCCUUCGAAAUACUACACUCUUGCGUAUAAAUAUAUUGAAAGUGAAUCAGUUGCUGGGCCCCAUCAGCCUCAUCCACUUGCAGUUGCAGUUGCAGGGCACUCGACCAAGUUUGAAAUUAAAUACAACGUUCUGGGCCACUUCAGUGGGCUGUGCUGCGGAGGAGUGCUGCUGCGGAGGCGGAAAAAACAAUAAUAAUAAUUAAUAUAAUAUACUUACAUAUAACUCUGUGUAAAUAAAACAAUGCCAAGUGUUUGAAUGUGAGAGCAGAGGACAGCACAGAGCGAUUGCAUUAAAUCUGGCCACGACGGACCGACGGAGCCAUCAAAGAGCAAUUCGAUACGAUGACACCAGUUGGGCAGUUCCAGCUAGGCUUCGACUGGGCAGAGCGUGUGUCCCCCCUCUAGAGGAUUAGAGGCAACAAGAGCUACUAGUACGAGUUACAGCAGAAGCCAGAAGCGAGAAGCCAGAAGCCAGCAGUAUAAGCAUCAGAUCUAUGGCUGUCAACUUGCAGCUGAAUAAUUUAAGCGCCAUUUAUCCGUCGCUCAUGUAUGUGGCUGCCUCCUCCCUCGGGCUGGGCCUGGGCCUGGGCCGCCAGGAGAACAUAUCCAUCGUUUACGAGGACCUGCUUGGCACAGCGAGUGGGUAUGGCAGUGGGAAUGGCACUGGCACCGCAGCCAGCCUGGCGGCAGGGGGCACAGGAGUGGCAGCUGGAGCGGGAGCGGCGGCUGGAACAGGAACAGGAACUGUCUCGGGAUUGAAUGUCGUCCUGCCGCAGAAUGCCGCUAAUGAGACCUCUAAUGAGGUGGGCGAUGGGGGGCUGGCCGUGGCCCUCACCGAGUCGGCCCCCAUCGCAGCCGUGACCACAUUCAAUUAUUACAACGAGUCGGCGGCGGCCGCCGAAUGGGCGCACUUCUACGAUCUCGUCCUAUCCUGGCAGGGCAUCUGCCUGAUUGCAGUCUUUGCCACGUUCAUCGUGGUCACCGUUAUCGGCAACACCCUGGUCAUAUUGGCCAUAUUAACGACUCGUCGCCUGCGCACCAUCACCAACUGCUUCGUGAUGAGUCUGGCCGUGGCCGACCUCCUUGUGGGCAUCUUUGUGAUGCCCCCCGCCGUGGCAGUACAUCUCACAGGCUCAUGGCAGCUCGGCUGGGUGUUGUGCGACAUUUGGAUCUCCCUGGACGUGCUGCUCUGCACGGCCUCCAUUCUCAGUCUGUGCGCCAUCAGCGUGGACAGAUAUUUGGCCGUCACCAGGCCGCUCACGUACUCGCGUAAGCGGCGCUCGAAACGAUUGGCACUCAUAAUGAUCCUAAUCGUCUGGCUGCUGGCACUGGCCAUCACCUGUCCCCCCAUCCUGGGAUGGUACGAGCCGGGCAGACGGGACCUGCGGGAGUGCCGCUACAACCAAAACGAGGGCUACGUCAUCUUCUCGGCCAUGGGCUCCUUCUUCAUACCGAUGGCAGUCAUGAUUUAUGUGUAUGCAAGAAUUUCCUGUGUCAUUGCAUCCAGGCACGACAAUAUGACCGACAUAAGUGUUCACAACAAGAAAUUCAAGCGCUACACGGCUGCGGACGUGGAGAACGAGCUGUCGGAGCAGGAGCCCAGCUCGGCGGGCCAUCGACAGCGGCAGGCGACGUCGCGCACCUUCUCCAACCAGACAAUUGCCAAGGAGCUGCACGAGAUGAUGCUCGGCGACAGCGAGCAGCUCGGCGGGGCCCCACCAGGAGCAGGAGCAGGAGGUGGAGGAGGAGGAGGCGGAGGAGGGGGGUCCCCAGCUGUGACUACGGCUGGAGGCAUUCACUGCCAGUCGUUGCUGGCGCUGCCCUCAGGUGGCGGCGCCUCCAGUGGGGUGAAGAAUGGAUGCUACGAGCUGACACGGCCCUCGUCCCUGAAGCGCACAUCGACGGCAUCGACAACCAUCACCACAAUGACAAGUGGCGUCGGGCCGGGCAGCAGCCUCCUGGAUACACAAUGGCAGUCCCAGUCCCAGGCCAGGGCCCAAAGCUUUCGACACUCGCACCUGGGCCUGGGCAGCCAGGAAAGGGAGCGGGAUCGACUGCGCGGCCACCAUCUGCACCACCUGCACCAUUUGCACCAUCAGCAUCACCAAAGCGGUGUGACCACAACAUCGACUGGUGGCAGCCCGAACCCGAAUCCCAGCAGCAGCAGCACCAUCACCAACACCAACAGCAAGUCCCUGUCGAAUCGCAUUACGUCGCUGAAGAAGGAGACCAAGACGACGCAGACGCUGAGCAUCGUGGUGGGCGGAUUCAUAGCCUGCUGGCUGCCGUUCUUCAUCAACUAUCUGAUCACACCGUUUCUGGCGGAGCACCAGGUUAGCCAAAUGCUGGCCAAGGCUCUCACCUGGCUGGGAUGGUUCAACAGCGCCAUCAAUCCGUUCAUCUACGCCUUCUACAGCGUCGACUUCCGCGCCGCCUUCUGGCGCCUCACCUGCAAGCGUUUCUUCAGUUCCGGCCAGAAGCCCCAGUUCCCCACCAACACCAUGUCCAUCAGGCGAUAGGACAUGUCUUCAGUCCUCAGUCCCCAGUCCCCACUCUCCAUGUUCCAUUCAACCCACACUCAAGCCCUGAACAAAUUUGCCACUGCACAGCAUAUGAUUAACUUAUUCAUUAGUUUUUAGGUGUGGUCCCUAAUUGCACCUUGAGCAGACCCUCAUCGUCCUCAUGCCCCAUCCCCCGGAUGUGUAAUUGUUCUUCAGUUUGUUGUAUAAUUUAUUUUCAUUUCCCUUCGCCGUCAGGGUUUGCUUUCAUACUAGAUCAUUCGACUGCAAAACGCGCGUAUUCCACUGGAUUUGGCUUGGACUCGGAGGAAGUUCUAGGUCCCCAAUGCUCCAAGGUUCCAAGGUUGCCGGGCAGGAAAUACAUAGAUUGUAUCGCUGUAUAGUAUGUUUUUACGGCCAAAGGAGAUGUGUCCGCCCCUGUCAGUUGUCCGUACAUAUCCGUAUAAAUAUGGUUCCACUGUUGCACAUGAUUUAAAGGCAUUUGUGCAGUCGCUUUCCAUACGGGAGACCCGUAGAAAAUCAGAUACGUGGCAGCACGUAUCGAUUUAGUAAUUUCCGCAUGACUUUUCCGCUCCACGCUUCCUCGAACUUGCAACAACGUGGCGCUGGCAGUGCCAGUGUCUAAGGUGGAGGCGGAGGCGGAGGCAUAGACAGUUUAGAUGGAUGAGGAAACUUGGUUAUAUGGUUCACCGAAAUUGCGCACACAUCUACUACUAUUCCCACUCUAAUAUUCAGCUAGUCAGACUUCAGACUUGCUCUGAGAGAUAUGUGCGUGUGCGGAAUAUGCUCUGGGGUGGGGUGGCCUGGUGGGACACCUUUUGGUGACCCCGACACCUGUCCAAACGAAUUGUGCAUUCUCUUUGCGAAGACCAGUGCGUGAUGUAUUUAUGAGGCAGCUCUGCCCUAUUAUCAGACUCGAAUUUAGUGCCCGAGUAUAUCUCCCUGUAUCUCAGUCAUAGCUGAUAUCGAUGCACCAUAAAUCCAAGAGAUACAGCACAGAUAGUAGUAGUGGCCCUGAUUUACAGCCGAGAGAGAGCAGUGGAGCAGUGGAGCAGCAGAGUCCGGGCCGCAUUCAGUGGGGAUUCAGUCGAGAAUUAGCUUUAAUCAGCCAGUUAAAAGAGAGUUACUGUGAUUUAGUUUAUAGUUGAAGUCCGUUUGGAACUUCAAGAGUUUUCCCUUAGCUUUAAAGUGUGUCUGUGUGUGUGUGAAUGUUUGAGAGAUGUAUUUAUGUGAGAAUACUAUACAUAUAUAAUUUAGGCAUCAUUUAUUCAGGCCAUCAACCCACAGCUUAGCUAGCCCUAGAGCCUACCAGAAGUAGCACAAUGUAACACGUGUUUCGCCAAGCACCAAGCAAUCUACUUUUAACAGAGUCCUUACCCACUCCCUUCCGUUUCCAUUCCCAUCUCCGUGUGAAGUCAUUUAAUGUAAUCAAGCAAUGCUACGACAUAGAGAUUAAGUCAGAACGAAGCCUCAUCAGCAUACAUGCCUCAUCUUUACCCUUCAUCGCCCCGUCCCCCGUCCCCGUCCACGCCUCAGUCAACAAUCUUCAAUCCAAAUUCAGAAUCCAGAAUCGAGAAUCCAGAAUUUCAGCUCACAUGUCAGGCCGUGCGAGGCUUCGGAUGAAAGACGUUUCACACUUUCGGCUGAAACAGACACAGGAGCACUCCAGUGCCGUCUCUCAUCUGCUGGGCGUACGCGUACGACUAAUAUCAUAUACAUAAUCCGCAUAAUCUGCAUAUCUAUUAAUAGUUCAUCAUUUUUGUGAAACCAAACAAACAAACAAAUAAAUAGACAAAU